AAAAUCAGCUGGCUUGGAAAAUAUAAAUAAUUUAGAAAUUACUAUAUUCUGAUUAUUUAAGACACUUUUGAUUGUAUAUGUCAUUUCUUUAGACAAUAAUGCUCUACAAAACCCUAAUACAAGCAGAAUUAAGGAUUUGUAGUAAAAUUCUAUUAAGAGGUGUAAGUACUACAUCAUCAUGGGACAUCGUGACAGGAGUUUGCAUCGAACGGCUACCAGUUGUAACUCCACCGCUGAACGAUAUUCAGAAGAAAUAUAAGGACAUGUUGGCCACCAUGGAAAUUGAGAAAAGUUUGAAAUCUGCUCAUGAAUUGAGACGUGAACAAGAUAAAAUUCAAGCUGAGCUCCUCAAAAACGAUUCUAUUGAAGUGGACAUGGAAGUUGUUAGUAAAAACACAGCACAGGACUUUGAAGAUGCAUCCAACGAAGAAUUUGCACAGUUCCAAUUUGCCAGUAUUACUACUGAAGCAGAUAAAAAAGGUGAUAAAUCCUCAACAGAUAGAUUCCUUCAAAGGCACUUGGUGUUGGUCAUGCCUCACAAACUUGGCAAAGAUAUAAAGACCCUCCUGCCACAGGGUCUGUGGAAAGAAGGCGAGACUCUGAGACAAACAGCUGAACGAAUAGUAAAGGAGCAGUGCGGGUCAGAGCUAAAAGUGCAGUUUCUUUCCAACGCGCCCUGUGGCUUCUAUAAAUACAAAUAUCCCUGUGAAAUUGUUGGCAAACUUGGCGCUAAGGUAUUUUUCUACUAUGCCAACUACAAGAGCGGAAGCGCUCACAGCAAAAGCAAGGCUGAGUGGUUGACUCGCAACGAACUGACGGAAACCUUCCCUGAGAGGUACAACAAAUCGGUGCAUGAUUUUUUAAUUGAGGAAACCUAUUAGCCUCUAUGUAUAGUAAGUAUAGCAAUAAAUGUAGAUUUAUUUACAUU